ACGAGCUGUAUCACAACUAAUUUGCUCUCUUACCAAGUAAAAAAUCUUGUAAGUUUGAAGAGAUCAUGAAUUUCUACGUUAUUUUUCCCCUCCUCCUCGCCCAAGUUUACUCUCACGGGUAUUUGAAGGAGCCCAUUUCGCGAACGUCGCUCCACCUCAGGCCCGAAUUUGACGCACCGCCACCCUACUACUGGGACAAUUCGGCUAUUUGGUGUGGCAAUGUGAACCAAGAUUUGGCUCUGUCAGGGUGUGGGAGAUGUGGGGAUGUUCUAGGGGAAACGCACUUCCAGCAGGGCGGCGAAUAUGAUAAGGGGAUUAUUGUCGCCAACUAUACGGCUGGAUCGAUCAUUGAAGUUACCGCUAAUUUCCAAGCCGCGCAUUAUGGCUCCUUCCAAGUCGAACUUUGUCCGCAAGAGGAGGAAACCGACUUUUGCUUCCAGCUCUUAAACAUUGUCGACGGAAGCGAGCAAAUCCGUAUCGACAACAGGAUUUGUGUGCCACAUGAUAAUUCACAAAAUGUCGAUGUCAUAGCACACGUCCUUCUCCCGGCGGGGGUUCGGUGUAACAGGUGCACUUUGCGGUGGACGUAUCGUACCUCAUAUCCAGGCUGGGAAGGCUAUGACAUCUGCUUCAAUCCACAUCCGGCUCAGGUUUUCCGAAAUUGCGCAGAUAUCGGGAUUUAUUAGUUAGUAUGGUUUCCUUAAAAGAAUGUUACUUACACAUUUGUUCAAAAUUACACAACUAAAUAUCUAGUAACAAAUUGGAUUAAAAUUUGCAAGCUAAGAAUGUUAUUCAACAUUAUUACAAAGUCUGGGCAUAAUUUUGGACAUGAGACCAUUCAUGUAUAGUAAUAAAAAGAAUAGAUCGUA